AUGUCGAAUCUACAUACCGCUCCAUCUGGAUCAUCCCGACUCAUCAAUAUCGAUCUCAACGGUGGUUGGGACCUAGAUAUGGAUAUGGAUUUAGAAGAUGAGCAAAACGUGGAAGACUCAUUACCUUCUACACCACUCGAAGAGCGCUCAACUAGCACACAAUCCAGAGCUUGUAAGUACGCUACAAUGCCGGAUGAAGGAGAACUCCUCGGGGGAACAUCGAAGGAUACUAGCGAUCCAACACAUCACACCCACUCCCAACAGGAAGAUCACAUACCGUUUCGAGGAGAUACCGACGAACGAGAUAACGAUAAAACAUGUAGGAUAUGCUUCUCAGGACCUGAAGAAGAAGAUAUGCUGGGGAGAAUGAUAUCACCUUGUCUGUGUACUGGUAGUAUGAGAUAUGUACAUGUGAAAUGCUUGAAUGCUUGGAGAGGUACUGGAACGAAUGCUAAAGCACAUCUCGAAUGUCCACAAUGUCAUUAUCGAUAUCAACUGCGUAGGACUCUCAUCUCAGGUCUCGCGACCUCCCGACCCAUCCUCCUACUAUCUACAAUCCUAACCUUCUCUCUCUUGACCUUACUCCUCGGCGAAAUCCUGCAUCUAAUGCUCCAUCACUCACCCACGAUCUCACGUACACUCCUCUCUCGCUCUUCCCGUCCAACCGUUAAAUCGAUGUUCGAUCUGCUCGACGAUCCUUACACAGCUGUCGACGGUGGUCCAGUGAUCGUCGUAGGAGGUGGAGGAGCAUUGAUAUGGGAUAUUUUCAUCGGAGCUAUUCAAACUUUCGUCGAUCUUUCAAAUUCUUUCCUGACUCAGAAAGACAACCUAUCAACCAAGAUUCCCUCACCAAUAGCUAAUCUGAUAUUCGAGCUUGCCGUAAGGUACUUAUUGGGCUUAGCGACGUUGGGAUCAAUGUCUUUCCUUUCUUUGUUAUUGAGUUUAUCUCUCUUUGGACCACUUCAACUUAUGAAUGGUUUAAGAGGAUUCGGGUUCUUGGGUAAUUUCGCUAGAAGAAGAACCGCCGCAGGGGGUGGUGGAGGAGGAGGAGGAGAAGGAAGAUUGUCGGUCGGAACGAUAAUGAUGAUUGUCUUAGUUCUCGUUGGAGCAGUCAACACUUUAAUCCAAUUCUACAACGGUUUACAAAUCUUGACUCAGAAAUUGUUGAUUUAUGUGGAAACUCAGAUAUUGGAAGUGAACUCUGAUGAGAUCCAUAAACGACGUAGGGAACAAAGGAAGAAAAGAGAAGAAGAGAAAAUGGAGCAGCGAUGGUGGAUAAGAUGGAUCAAAGAUGGCCAGUUUAAGAGAGUUGAUGGGUAUAAGGAACUGGCGGUGAGGUUCAGUCUGAUGCUGGACAGGAUCUGGGAGAGAGUCAAGAGAUUGUUUAGGAUGGAAGGCGAGGGUAAUCAUGAUCAUCAGGAAUGA